UCGUCUCAUUCUUCCUUCAUGCUGCUGAUUGCUUUCUCAGGUAGGCUAGAUCUAUCUAGUCUAGAUUCUAUUUUCGAGAUCAGCCAAGCAAGAGACACGUACCGGUCUGAGAUAUUUCUGCUGAGGUUCAAGAAGAGACUGCUGAUUUAGUUUUACCAAGAUGGCAGCUGCAGAUGGAUCUGGCUGCAGUACGCCGCAGCGGAGCAUAUCUGGGGAUGAAUCCGACUCAGAUUUCGAAAAUGAGCAGAAUAGACCAAGAGGCUUGACUGGUUUGCAGAACCUGGGAAACACCUGUUAUUUGAAUUCAGCUGUGCAGAGCCUCUCAAACUGUCCACCAUUGACCCAGUACUUUCUGGACUGUGCUCAGUUGAUCAGACCUGAAAAGGCUCCAAUGCUCUCCAGAAGUUACUUGAAGCUCAUGACUGAAUUGUGGCACAAGAAACGUCCAAGCUACGUUGUGCCCAGCGGUGUGGUGACGGGGAUCAAGGCUGUUCAUCCCAUGUUCAGAGGGUACACUCAGCAGGAUGCCCAAGAGUUUCUGCGCUGCCUGAUGGACCAACUGCACGAAGAGUUAAAGGUUGCAGCGGGCUCCGACGACAGUGAUAGCGAAGACGAGGGAGAUGAUGGUGGUGGCGGUGGCUGUGAUGACGACACCAACAACGGCAAUAGUACUGCAGGUGAUCCUGUUGAGGACACAGCGAGAUACCACGCUGAACCAAAAAGUUCAAGUACUGCUCCAGGUGAGGCCAAUCGACGGCCAUCAUUCGACUCGAUGAGCAGCCACUCGGAGUUGGACUACGAGACGUGCGACUCGGGCCUCAGCAGCGAGAGAAGCUCCAAUGGAGAGCGCGACAACAUUUCUAGCGACGAGAACAACAGCGACUCCAAUGAGACUUGUAAGCUGCGGAGGUCAGAUAGGAUGCGUAAGGCCAGUGCAGGAGGAUCAGUCGCUGCAGUGGAGAAUGCAGAUUCGGUGGCGAACACAAAGGAAAUGAAGGAGACGGCCAACCUGCUGGAGAAGAAGAACGAGGCAGAAACCCAGGCCCGUCGGCCCCGGGGGAAGGCCGUCAUGGAGGGCGGGGACUCGCGGGAGCAAGGCAGCCCGCCGAUGCCCUUCUCCGGUGUGCCCACCAAAGAUGGGGAGAUGCAGACUGUGUCCGUCGCGGCGCAGCGGGAACAGUAUCCGGUCCUUACCCUUCAACAACAACAGCAGUCGAUGCCCAAGUCCCCUCUGAAGAAACAGUCCAAGACAAGAAAAGCUAGUAACAUCAAGUAUGACAGUAUCAUAUCUCAGACAUUUGAUGGAAAAAUCUUGAGCUCAGUGAGGUGCCUGAACUGUGAGACGGUGUCCACCACCAAAGAAACAUUCCAAGACCUGAGCCUCCCGAUUCCCAGCAAAGACCACCUCCACAUGCUGCACUCCGGCCAUCACCAGGUCACCGGGGGAGUGACCCCGCCGAAGGGGGGAGCCUGUGGGGAGGUGCACCAAGGCUGGCUGGCUUGGAUGUACUCGUGGAUGAAGAGUUGGUUUAUUGGGCCCACCAUCACCCUGCAGGACUGCCUGUCUGCCUUCUUCUCAGCAGAUGAGCUCAAGGGAGACAACAUGUACAGCUGUGAGAAAUGCAAAAAAUUGCGCAAUGGGCUGAAAUAUUCCAAGGUCUUAGAGUUACCCGAGAUCCUAUCCAUCCACUUGAAGCGUUUCCGUCACGAGUUUUACUCGUCCAAGAUCAGCACCUACAUCUCGUUUCCACUUGAAGGCCUCGACAUGGAGCCCUAUUUGCAUAAAGCCUGUAAAAAUGAAGUGACUCUCUAUGACCUUGUUGCCAUCAUCUGCCAUCAUGGGACAGCUGGAGGUGGCCACUACACAGCGUACUGUUUGAACCAUCUGAACGAGCAAUGGUACGAGUUUGAUGACCAGUACGUGACUGAAGUGGACGUCAGCCAGGUGCAGAACUGCGAGGCCUACGUGCUUUUCUACAGGAAAAGCAACAAAAAAAUUGAGAGUGUCCGUCAGCGCAUCAUGGAGCUGGAGAGCAGUGAGGUGAGUAUCCUGAGGUUCUACCUGAGCAAGCAAUGGGUCAGCAAGUUCCACACAUUUGCCGAGCCGGGACCCAUCACCAACUCUGACUUCCUGUGCAAGCAUGGAGGCGUGCCUCCUGGUAAGGUGAGCCUGAUAGAUGACCUCGUGGUGGAGAUCCACCAGAGUACCUGGGAGCUGCUGCACAACAGGUUUGGCGGAGGUCCUGUUUGUAACCAUUUGUACGCCUGCAAGACUUGCCAUAGUGAGCUGGAGAAGCUGAGGCAGAGACAGAGAAUGGAAAAGGAAUCCUUCAUACAGCUGAAUGAAGAGUUCCAGGAGGAGGAACACACAGCCGCCGUGUACGCCAUCAGUAUGGCCUGGUUCAAAGAGUGGGAGGCAUUUGUGCGCGAGAAAACCGACGCUCCCCCUGGCCCUGUGGAGAACAGUCGCAUCAUCGUGUACAAGAACGGCCAGGCCACGCUGAGGGCCACCUCGGACCACGGACAGCUGUCGCGGGAUAUGUGGCUUUUUCUGCACCGCAUCUAUGGCGGAGGGCCUGAACUCAUCAUCCGUCAGUCGGCCGGGGCCUCGGUCAAGCCCUCCAGCUCCUCCCCGCCCGCCCCUGUGCAGCAGCAACAGCAGCAGCAGCAGACCAGCCCUCCUCACAGCACGGGCGUCAUCGGUGGCUCUUCUCAGACAACUGCCCCCCAAACAGGCGUCUCGCCGGCCGCAUCGUCUUCUCCUUCUCCCUCCGGUGGCACCGUCUCGUCGGGAUCUUCUGUCACAGUGUCGCCAGUGGUGUCAGCAGCGACGACGAGCCACCACCCUGUGCCACCUGUACCAGUCUCCCAGGCAUCGGUGGUGUCGGACAACUUGGUGAUGGCAACAGCCCCUUCAGCUGCCUCUUGCUCAAUGCCGUCAUCAUCGCCGCCCGCCGCGCAAGUGGUGCAAAAGUCUGCCAAAAGAAGAGAAGACCCCACAAUGCAAAGCCAAUCCUCAGCAGUCAGCACGGUCAGUCCAAGGAGGAACCCCGCCCCCACCACCACGGCCCCCCCAUACUCCACUUCCAAUAUGGGAGAGGAGACGGUGGACAAGACACUUCAGUCGACAGUGACAUCUGCCUGUGACACGCUGACAUCUGAGUCACAGUUCACGUCUGGGGCCGGACACGGAGAGGUUGAAAGCUGUGCUGGGGAACAGGAAGUGAUGAUGGGCACUGGUACAUGUUGCCCUGGUGUGUCAAAGUCGGUGAACAGUGCGGGGUCUGUCCCACGGGAUGAGUCGCAAGGGGAUGAAGGCCAGGCAGGACAGAGGAUGAUGAGCUCAAUUACUGGGGACACUCCUUCCUCAUGUAGUAAUUCCUCUAUGUCGGUUAUGGUCGACUCCUUUGGGGUGACAGAAGAACCAAAAAAUGGUUCCCUGUCCGCAUCAGAAGCAAAUAAUGACUUUGAUCCCAUUCCAGAGCCGCUCACACCUGGGAAUACGUCUGCUCCACUGUGGGCGAACAAGGAGGGCACGCUCACAGCCUCGGAAGCCAGUCUGGCAGACAGUGGCCUGGGCGGUGAUGUCACUUCCUCCUCCACGCGCAACGACCCCUGCCUGGGGGAGCAGAGAGGACACGAUUCUUGUGCUUGGGAGACGGCCUUGGAGGUGGAUAGCAACCACGGCCAAUAUCUGCCUGGCAUUCAGGGGGAAGAGGAAGUUGCGACGUCAAGAUCGGAUAAUGACAUGGGCUCUUCUGCCCAGAACAAGGGGCGUGCGGAGGUCAAACCUUCCUCGGCCCCGCCGGCCGUAGGCCAGCAGCCAGGGAAGGGGAAAGGGCAGAGGAAGAACAAAAAGGGGAAAAACAUGGAUGUCUCUAGGAUUUGAUCUCACGGCCAAUCUCUGAGGUAUACGGUGGACGUAAAUGAAAUCUGAUGCAGUUUAUAAAGAUGAUUCUCGGACGUAGAGAUGCCUAUUUGAUUUGACCGUGGUAAAAAAGAGAAUGGGAGACAUUGGAUGAUACUUUUAUAACUAAAAUCCGUCAUAUGGGGAACUCACUCUGCCCAUGCAUGCAUUACUGGGAUUAUGAAUCGGGAAACAAAAUCUCAAACUGAUGUUUUAUCUGUCCCUUAGUUGUAUUCGUAAAAAGAAGAAGAAGGGGAGUAUGAGUCCACCGUGAAACACUGUCUUUCCUGAAAUAUUUGUGUGAGGAGCUGCAAACUGGUCACAUGGGUCGAAACAUGGAACUUGAGAUUAUUUCAAAUUAUUAUUCUACUGCUUUCCCUGAACAUUUCGCUUUUUAUGAUAAGGUUUUAUCCAUCAUGUUUCUCAAGAUAUUUAAGUUUUUGUCACGCAAAGCAGGAACCCUACGAAAAGAGAAUAACAGCUUUUAAGUUUGCUCAGUGUUUUGAUUGAUACCACUUGAACAAAACGGACAAAACACAAUGUAUACAAAUACAAUAACUGUAAGAAUGUACUUUUAUACAAAGAACAUGUUUUCCCUCCCUAAGCAGCUGGUGUUCAUGCGUUUACACCCGCUAUGCUGGUGUCACGUUUAGAUUCAACAAACCAGCAUGUGUCACUACAUUCUUUCCAAUGGGACUUGCCAUUUUACAAAUGAUGGGGAUCUGGUAAAGGGUCAGGACUCUUGCAAAUAAUUACACUCUAUUUCGAUAUCAUGACUAACUUUUACAUCUGAACAGUUUUCCAGGAUUGGUUGAGACUAAGCGUGCAAAAUUAAUAAGGACUGUGGCAAUUGUGGACGAAGUAUCAAUGCGUAAAGUCUGCACUUGAUUUUCAUAACUAUCAUUCAUUAAUUAACAGUGGCAGUCUAAUCAGGAUACAUGCUUCAAGCUUCUUUAUUCAAUGUAUGCCUACUACUUUUUAUUCGCUUGUACAAUGUGAGCUUUCCAACACUGUUUAAAAUAUGUUUCUAAAAUUUUUUGUUGCUAUAUUACACCAUCGCCUAUCGGCGUCCCGUGGGGGGAAGGGAUGGUUCUUUCCAUUGCUGAUCAGCUUCCCGUUGGGGCAAAGCAUUUAACUGAUUUUAUGGCGUUCCACAUUUAAGUGCCAGAAAUCGGAAGCGAAAUAUCAAAAUGGAACUAAUCAAUGGGUUAAUGAUAUCAUAAAUAAGUUUUAGGAAACAUCGACAGGCCUUUGUUUAGAUCUAGUUCUUUUCACUCGCUUGUAUACUCAUCCGCUGCCCUGGGCAAGGGGUUGGGCUUUGCUGGUAUUCUUGUCAGCGGUCCUAUAGAUGUUAAAAUACUUUAGAUGUAAAGUCUGCGAAUAAGCGAUGGCUAUCGAUUAAUAAGCAAGGUGCGGAUUUACUUGACGUCACUCAUUAACUCUUGUUUUUACAUGCCUCAGAGAUAUGACUUUUGUUGUUAUUGAAAUAUUGAUGGUCCCUCACAGAGCUAGAGAAGUGUGAUGGUCAAGAUGUCCUGAGGACAAAUGGGCCGCUGGUCUCUUAGAACCAUUAAGGUGACCAAGUUGUUUUGAGGACAAAUGGGACCAGUUAUGUGGCGAGUAACUAAAGGGAACAAUUUGAGAGAUGAAUAAAUGAAGGGAAUGAGGGAACAAUUCAGGAGAGGAAUAAAAGAAGGAACUGUUUGGGAAUGCAAAAACUGAAGGGUAAGAGGGCAGGAGUAAAAAGUGUGGAAAAUGUUUUAGAUGAAAUUCCUCAGAGCCUUGUUAGUUCAUGGUUCAUUUCAUUUACACAUUACUUUCUAUGGGAGACUCUGGACACUAGAACAUGGAAGGGGAAUCAAAAGCGUUACCUCACGACAUCCAUUCCCAUGAACUAUGUUAGUGUGCACAGUUGUGAGUGUUAUGCUUGCAGGCCUACUUCUUUAUCAAACCUGGCUAUUAACGGCGUAUUGUAGCUCUGUUAUGACAGUCAUCAUUGACAGCUUUGAGAUAACAAGUAAAUAUAGUUGUUCAGUAGGGGAAUGGUAUAUAUAUUGAUGAAUGAGCUCUCCGAGAUUUCAAGUUUCGUGUUGUCUCAUUCAUCAGUGUUAGUUGUGGGGAGUGUUGACAGCUCUCUGUGAAUGGCUGCUUUGGCUUGUGGCUGAAGUAUGUGAGGACAUGUACUCACAUUGGCAUUUUGUUUGAGUGUGUGGCUGUGUUUGUACUGGAACCUAGAGAUAAAAUAGAAAGAGAUGAGGAAACGUACUGUCAUCUGUGAUGUAAUAAUGUUGCUCUUCCCCUUUGAAGGCAGAAGAUGUGAGUUGUAUCCCCACAUGGCUAAGUUACUUUAUCGAGUGUCUCUGAUUGUCUGCUGGGGCAGUGUGUAAUCCUGCUUAGUUCGGGUUUAGCAUUUCCGUUCCAGGCAGGUUCGAAACAGCCUGUCUCUGAAAUAUUCUAAAUUAUAUUAGUGGGGGCAUAAAACAUUUACCACAAAUCUAUUUAUAGCCAUCAGUGAAAAAGUAGCUAGUGUUUGGUGUUAAAUCAGAACUAGAGUUGCUAAGAUAGUCCUGGGCCUUGGUUCACAUGGCAGCACAGAGGAAGACAUGGAAUCACAUAACAUCAAGAGGCAGGCCCAGGAUAGGGAAA